GGAUGCGAGGAUGGCAGCAGAGUGAAGAAGAACCAAUAUGAAGAAAUUUACGCCUGGAGGCGGAGCCGCGUCCAUUGCGCGCAAAAACUCCAACAACAAUGAGCUGUGGCUCCUGCGAGACGAGGACUCCGCACCUUUCACUGCCUCUGCUCUGUUAUGCCAGAGGGAUGAUGCUGCCGGCCGAGGUGGCUCAGAGUCAGACCACAGGAGUGGAGGGGUCACACAUUCAGAGGCAUGCGUGAUAGGAGAGGGAGCCAUCGGUAUGAUAUGCAACAAAAACGGGGAUUGUAGAAGGGACCCCGCCAGUUCAGGGAGCCUCUCCUCUCUCAUAUCAAGACAGGAAAACCAGACCGAUGGAAUAGUAGCGGCUGAAGACGUCAAGGGGCAGGCUGCAAGUAUGGACGGCUCUAUCACUUCAGCGGGGUCCCUAACGCAGGGGCCCGGGGCCGAGGUCAAGUCCGUGGCGGCAACGGAGAAAAAGGACUCCAGAGUUUCCUUCUCCAAUGCCCCAACGAGUAAAGGGCAGACCCCGAGUCUGCGGUCGAGAAAUUCUGUCACAUUCACCAAAGCAGAGGACGGUUCUCAGAUAGUGCCCGAUGAUGGAGACUCCAGGGGCAACCAGACCUACAUGCAGCGGCAGUUUAGUUCCAUGCUUCAGCCUGGAGUUAACAAAUUCUCCCUGCGCAUGUUUGGCAGCCAGAAGGCAGUGGAGAAAGAGCAAGAGCGCGUAAAGUCAGCGGGUAAUUGGAUUAUCCACCCAUACAGCGACUUCAGGUUCUACUGGGACUUCACCAUGCUCAUGUUCAUGGUGGGCAACCUGAUCAUCAUUCCCGUGGGCAUCACUUUCUUUAAGGAUGAGACCACCACGCCCUGGAUCAUCUUCAACGUGGUCUCUGAUACCUUCUUCCUCAUAGACCUGGUGCUCAACUUCAGGACGGGCAUCGUGUUUGAGGACAACACCGAGAUCAUCCUUGACCCCAAGAAGAUUAAGAAGAAGUAUUUGAAGAGCUGGUUUGUAGUGGACUUUGUCUCCUCCAUACCUGUGGAUUAUAUCUUCCUCAUCGUGGAGAAAGGGAUCGACUCGGAGGUGUACAAGACGGCACGGGCGCUCCGCAUUGUCCGCUUCACUAAGAUCCUCAGUCUGCUGCGCCUGUUGAGGCUAUCCAGACUCAUCCGCUACAUCCACCAGUGGGAGGAGAUCUUCCACAUGACCUAUGACCUGGCCAGCGCUGUGAUGCGAAUAUUCAACCUGAUUGGUAUGAUGCUGCUGCUUUGUCACUGGGACGGCUGUCUGCAGUUCCUUGUCCCCAUGCUGCAGGACUUUCCAUCUGACUGCUGGGUCUCCCUCAACAAGAUGGUGAAUGACACAUGGAGCGAGCUCUACUCCUUUGCCCUCUUUAAGGCCAUGAGCCACAUGCUGUGCAUUGGGUAUGGAAGACAAGCCCCUGAGAGCAUGUCGGACAUCUGGCUGACCAUGCUCAGUAUGAUCGUAGGAGCCACCUGCUACGCCAUGUUCAUCGGCCAUGCAACUGCACUCAUCCAGUCUCUCGAUUCCUCCAGACGGCAAUAUCAGGAAAAGUACAAACAAGUGGAGCAGUACAUGUCGUUCCACAAACUACCGGCUGACUUCCGACAGAAAAUCCAUGACUACUACGAGCACAGAUACCAGGGCAAGAUGUUUGAUGAAGAGAGCAUCCUGGAGGAACUUAAUGAGCCUCUGCGCGAGGAAAUUGUCAACUUCAACUGCCGUAAACUGGUGGCCUCCAUGCCGCUGUUCGCCAACGCCGAUCCCAACUUUGUGACAGCCAUGCUGACCAAACUGAGGUUUGAAGUCUUCCAGCCUGGGGACUACAUCAUCAGAGAGGGCACCAUCGGCAAGAAGAUGUAUUUUAUCCAGCAUGGCGUGGUCAGCGUCCUGACCAAAGGAAGUAUAGGCAUGAAGCUAAUGGACGGAUCUUACUUUGGAGAGAUCUGUCUGCUGACCCGUGGCAGACGGACGGCCAGUGUGCGAGCAGACACAUACUGUCGCCUCUACUCUCUCUCUGUGGACAAUUUCAAUGAGGUGCUGGAGGAGUAUCCCAUGAUGAGGAGGGCCUUUGAGACAGUGGCCAUAGACAGAUUGGACAGGAUAGGCAAGAAGAACUCAAUCCUGAUGCACAAAGUUCAACAUGAUCUGAACUCAGGUGUUUUCAACAACCGGGAGAAUGAGAUGAUCCAGGAGAUAGUUAAAUACGAUCGAGAGAUGGUUCAACAGGUGGAUCUACCACGGCCGCGGGCAAUGUCCAUGACAUCCCCUCUGCAUGCUGGGAUUUUUACUUCUUCAGGUUCCUCUGCCCAGCCUCAGAAUUCAGCAAUUGCCACCCUUCAGCAGGCUGUAGCCAUGAACUUUUGUGCCCCCAUGCAAGGGAACUCAGUAGGAUUGGGGAACCUGCAGUCCCCCAGGAUGGUGAGGAGAUUCCAGGUAAUGCAAAAUGUAUCCAGCCCUGUCUCAGCCUCUCCACUGCAGUCUCAGCUCCUUGCUUCUGGUGCCUUUGCUCCCGUCCUGUCCAGCCCCCCUGUCCAGAGCCCACUUGCAGUAGGAGGACGAGCAUUCCAGUAUGGUCCCACCUCAGGCUCCCAGCUUUCUCUGGUCCAGCAGCACUUAGCCAGCCCUGCACAUCGGCCCAGCACACAUAAGAGCACCCAUUCCUUGCAAAUGGGGAGUCUGAGCCAGGACGCCAGGGCACUGUCAGCCUCUCAGCCCUCACUGCCUCACGAGGGGAUGCAACCAGUAGCCCCUAGUCCACCUCAGUCUACACAAGCCUCCUCCACUUCCAUUGGACCCCCCCAAACCCUAUCAGGUCACACAGGUGUCCGGAGUGCAAUACCACACAGGGUGGUAUUGCCCCACCAGAUGUCUGUGGGAGCCUUCCCUGUAGCAUCUCUGCCCAGUUCUGUGCAGGGUUUGGGGGCUGGUGCAGGGCUGGCUGUAGGGGGUGUGGCAACAGGUCCAGGGGACUCGGGACUACCCAAGAAAGACUCCGUAGUGAGCCUUCCUGAGACAGACCACAUCAAAGUCAGAUCAAGGCUAUCCUCAAACUUGUGA